GGGGUGUACCCGACUCAACGAAACGGGCCGGCCGACCGACCGGCCCGGCGUGAUCGCGAAACGCUGGGCCAGAGAGAGUUCGGCGCCUGGCGGCGAAGGCGGCGCUGCUUCGUCCCACCCCGCGCUCGACAAACCCUGGGCUCGUCGCUCUUAGCACGCCUUGUCAGCGUCGGCGUUGAAAGGAAAACGCGUCGUCGUCCUUCGUCAUCGAACGAGACGUGACAACUUUUCGGACGACACUGCUGCUCGAAGCGGCAACUGAAACCUGCCGAAGAGUUUGUUCCUCCCUGUCGCUGGUGUUUGCUUGCGCGUCGACAGGGCAGCGCUAGUUCGGGCAGGCUGAGUGAGGACCUGACUUUCCUACGCUUCCACUUAUCUUGUAUACUUCACCGCUGAGUUGACGCACGCCAUAGAAUAACUUCAGAUAGAAGGUUCGUAGAGAGCGGGAUAGUCGUAGGCGGUCGAAAAGAGGGGGAAAAAACAAGUAAUUCGAAGUACGUACGGUAGGGUAAAAAGUGAGGAAGUUUCCAUUCGGUCGAUCAGUAGAGACUCGCAUCGAGAAAGAAGCGAUCGUGUUAGACGGUAGGGCCCUGUGAUAGUACACGGAAAGCGGCGGCACGUAGACAGUCAAGACAACUAGCAGCGAGAAGCCUCGGACGACGUAAGGUGCAAGCAGUCGACGACCGGGAUCAAGUGCAGCGGCGGCGCCCGAGCAAGGUUCGGCCCCUGGGGAGCCGCGCGGCACUACCACCACUCAGCAGAGGAAGCAGCCGGACAGGCGGGCAAGGAAGGAACCAAGGGGGGUCCAUGUCGUCGCGGCUCCUGGCGUGCUGGCUGGCCCUGGCGGUGGCGCUGACGCUGCUGCUGUCCGAGGCGCAGGGCGCCAAAGGCCGCGGAGGCAAGCGGGGCCGCGGACGCAUGCGCUCCUCUGGAUCGGCGCGAUACAUCUUCUACACACACCCCAAGCGGAAGGAGUACUACGACAACCCGAACGGUGCCCAGAUCGAGAAGGCGUCGCACUUCGACUACGAGUUCUUUCUGGGCCACAAGAUCGUGUUCAUCUGUGUGGCACGCGGUGUACCUCGGCCCCGCAUCACCUGGUACAAGGAUGGCAUCGAGAUAUUCGCACACCCGUACAUGCAGUCCAUCUUGCAAAUAUCUGAGUGGCAGCUAGAAGGAGACCGCAUCAAGAGCAAGCUUGAGAUUGACCCAGCAAGACAAAUGGACUCGGGCAACUAUGAAUGCCAGGCAGACAACAAGUACGCCAUCGACAGCCGAACCUUCAAAGCCGACUUCAGCUCCCUAGGCAGCUAGGCUGCAGCAGGUUCCUUCACAAGCUUGCGACAACACGUACUAUUGCAGACGGACACCAAAUCCACCCGACACAUACAUCCACUAAAUAUUUCUCCAUUAAUCGGUCUACACAUCGCAUUGACUGACAGCAACCUGCAUCAUUCAAUGUGGCACAGUGGAUGGUUAUGCACAUGAAAGCAUCAAUUUCAGCAACGACUGAUAGAAAGUCAAAAAGCAAAUGAAGCGAAACAGCUUUUACCUGGCUUUGGAAUCAUAAGCUCAUGCAUUCAAUAAACACAAAAUCGUCACAAAGCGAACUUACACUAUCACAUCUAUGGACCAGCUGGAGAACAGCUAGCGUGUCCAAAUCUCAGGUGGAAAUUACGUCUUCUAAAACACCUCCAUCAUUUACACAUUUCAUUUCUUCAGCAACUAGCCAAGACUUCCAAUCUGCUCAUGUACUACAAGGCAGCAAAAGGACAAAUAUAACUUGCUUAUGUCUGUAUCAGAAGAGAGCACAAUGCAUAAUGCCGCAGGGUUGUUGUUGUUGUUUUUUUUUUCCCUUGUGUUUUAAACUUAUAGAGUUCUGCUUUUUGCUCAUUUAGGUCUUGAAUCACACAGGUAACAAGAUCUUAGAGAUAUGCCUGCAUUGUAAAUAGUCAAUUCUAAUCAGCUUCACUCCAUCCACUCAGUAAAACCAAACAGAAUGCAGAAAACCAACAAAAACAGACACUCAUAGAGCUUAUUACACCUGUACACCUGCUGCAUUGUGGUGUGAUAUUUCCUGUCCCAAAACAGACUACAAAAUAUGAUUAAGAAACAAGACGAGUACUAUCAGAAAAAAGUAUCGCCCAUUUUCCACUGGUCAUAAGCUCAGCAUUAAACUAGCUAGGCAUAGAAGUAGUGCCCAGCAAAGCCUAAAUUCAUACUUGCAUGCACGCAGCAAAUUUACUCAUACAGGAAAACAAACACAUACGAAACAAGCCUACAGUAGCAAUAAUCCAGAAAAUACUAAAUGCCAGAAAAUUGACGGAUUUGAACUCACACUGUAAAAGCGUGCAGAGAUUGUUUUUUUAACAGCAAUGAAAACAAUGCGAAAAAAAAAAUGGUUCUCAACAUCAAGUUAAGGCUUCGUAAGCCCAUACUUCUAAACCAAGCUCUCCCUCUCGUUAAGAUUGUGAGGAUCAUGACAUUCAACUCGAUGACACUACAGAGAUAGAUGGCAAAGAGUGAAGUCACGGUGGAAAACGAGACUGUGGGUCCCAUUCGUUCACCCUCACGAGUGUUUCAUCAUUAGCACCAUUAUCGUGUAGUAAAAACAGCCACAGCUGACACAAGCAUGUACACACAACAGACCUUUGUUUCCCAUUAAAGUAACAGAACAGCAUGAAAACACUUGUACGCCCCAACAAUCACCUUUUUCCUAGUACCUGUCAGUGCCAAAGUCUCUUUCAUGUCGAAGAUAAACAGGUGUCUUAUGCUUGGUACAAAAUGCCAAACACAAAACAGCAUGUGCAUUACAAGUCCCUCGUUGCGCAUUCUGUGUGUAGCUCUCUAGCAGCUCUGCUCAUGUGUCCCUGAUUGUUAAAAUAAAA